UUCCCCCCCCUUCCAGUCCGGACACUUUCACCUCCUUCCAGUCCGGACACUUUCCCCCCCUUCCAGUCCGCGGACACUUUCACCCCCUUCCAGUCCGGACACUUUUUCACCCCCCCCUUCCAGUCCGGACACUUUCCCCCCUCCUUCCAGUCCGGACACUUUCCCCCCCUUCCAGUAGGUCGGACACUUUCACCCCCUUCCAGUCCGGACACUUUCCCCCCUUCCAGUCCGGACACUUUCACCCCCUUCCUGCCCAGGCCAAUUUUCAGCUUUCAGCGCUAUCACACUUUGAAUGACAAUUGCUUGCGGUCA